GGCCGCGCGGCAGCUUCACUUUACGACAGUGCCUAGGUUGAGAGUGGAAACGGCCUCGAGUGGCUGGCUGUAUGUGGGUGCCGCUAGUGGCCGGCUUCUCCGUCUCGGUAACGAGUUGAUCUCUGCCCGCCCCCUGCCUCACGCUUCCACCCUGACUGUGUGGGUGUCGGGCUGUUGCCUGACAGCUCCCGGUCCUGUGCAGCGUGGCCUGGUGUGGUCCGGUCGGCUGCGGGAUGUGUGAGUGUUGAGGGCGGGCGGUGAGUUCACCACCCCCCCCCCUCCCCUCCUUCGCUACCCCCGCCCUCCCUCCUCCCCCUCCCCGUUCUCCCGGUUAGAUCGUCUUCUCUCACCCGCUGCUUUUGGCCCUCAUGCCGACGCUGCGUUUCUCCGCUCUUUAGGAUGUCUGAUGUACCGCCCGGGCCUAGCGUGCUUUCCCCAGCCCCCACUGACAUCUCGCCCCUCUCCGCUACUCUCAACCACUCGGGAGCCUACGGCAAAGUCCCGGGGCCGCAGCCAGGAGGGGGCGGCGAGCAGGAGGAGGAGGAAGCGGCUGCUCUGGACGGGGCUGACCAGGAACGCGGCGGGGAAGGCGGGCCACGUUCGGCGAACAGCGUCGGAAACUACCCGGAGCCCAGCCGAGCCAAGAAGGGCGUCCUGCACCUUCACCACCAUCAUCACCACCACCACCACCACCAGCAACAGCAGCAGCGGCUGCUCAACGGCUGUGUUAUAAGCCCCGAGCUCCACUACAAGGCGGAGUGCAAAGGCCGCCUGUCCUGCGCCGAGGCCGCAACCGCCGUCGAGUUUCAUCCCGGACUAUCACUGCCCGAAGGAGGCAGGAGGAAAGCCGACGGCAAUUAUUGUGAGAGUCCCAACGUGAAUCAUGCGAACCAAAGGACUGCCGAGGCGGCCGGACCUAACACACUCAACCCCAGUGAUGGACUCGAUCGGAUUGCUAUCAGCCCAGAUGACGAUGAGCAGUACCGCCUGGCCGCCUCGAUAGCUGCUUGUAAUUUGCACCCGGAACAACAGCCCGACAGUAUACGAUAUGUUGGCUAUGAGUCAGAGUUGCAAAUGCCAGAUAUAAUGAGGUUGAUCACGAAAGAUUUGUCUGAACCUUAUUCCAUAUAUACAUAUAGAUAUUUUAUUCACAACUGGCCACAGCUUUGUUUUCUGGCUAUGGUUGGAGAUGAGUGUGUGGGUGCCAUUGUCUGCAAAUUGGACAUGCACAAGAAGAUGUUCAGGAGAGGAUAUAUAGCAAUGUUAGCAGUGGAUUCCAAGUACAGAAGAAAAUCCAUUGGCACAAAUCUAGUGAAGAAAGCAAUUUAUGCCAUGGUAGAAGGCGACUGUGAUGAGGUUGUCCUGGAAACUGAGAUUACAAACAAAUCUGCCCUGAAACUCUAUGAAAAUCUUGGAUUUGUGAGAGACAAAAGGCUGUUCAGAUAUUACUUAAAUGGAGUUGAUGCACUGCGUCUUAAACUGUGGCUACGUUAGAGAACUAUAAAGAACGAGUUCAAAAUGAGUCCUUUUAGCACGCACUGCAAUUUCAAAGAAUUGCUUUGCAACAGGACUCUUGAUUUCCAUGCAGCUCUUAUCUGUCUGUGUCUCAUUGAGUGUCACAUACAUUUGUUGCACUAUGGCAUGGCGCAGUUGUGCUAAAUAAAAAAGGAAUUUUUUUUUCUUAAAAAUUGUCAAAAUAUUCAUGGAUGAAUUGUGGUACAAGAAAGAGAAACAGUUGUCCUGAGAUACAUCGUUUCAGUGAAGUGAGGAAAGAAACAAAAUUGCAUGUCAUUUGCAGUAGACAACAUCUCAAAUGACUUAUUGGGGGAAAAUGUUUUGUGGCUUCCAGAAAGCUUGUAUGUUGAGAUUUCUUCAUGCACUGCAACAACGUUUCAAAUAGAAAUUUGCCAGAUUAAAUACUGAACUCCUCAAAGAGUGUUGAUUCUAUUAUUCAGAUUUUAUUUUUCAUAUUAAAUUUUCCAGUUAAUGAUUCUUGGUACGUCAGUGACAGAAGAAAGCACAUGUUAGAAGUUGUGGGUGUCUGUGUGAACGUAACAAGAAAAUAACAUUGCACAGCCAGUGCCUGUAGAGAUCCACAUAUGUGUCUCAUUCCUAGUUUGAUUGCAUGCUUUUUUUCUUUCCCAGACAAUCUUGGCAACAAUGCUUUUACCUUUAUUCGAACUAUGAUUUUGAUUGGGAGUGACUACAGUUUUUUGAUUAGGUUUUUUCUCUCUCGAGCCAAAGCAAAGCUAUCCUUGCUUUAAGAGGUAUCUGGCAAUUGUUUUCAGAGAACUGGGAUUUUUUUGUUUUGGAAAUGUGUAUAGUAGCUGUUGUUUGUAAAACCCUUAGUACGCAGCUACAUUUGCUGAUUCUAUAUAAUGCACCUUUCUGGUUUAAAUUGACUUUUUUUUUUAAAAAGUGGCAGAUUGUAUGUUUAUAUAUGAUUUUAACUAAAAAUCUAUUCUGAUUUUUGGAAGCUGUGAAAGGCUGGAUUUUAAAAAUAAUUGGGACAAAUUUUACUGUCCAUUUAAGUAUGCAAGCAGGUUAGCUGCAGGUUCCUGACCCCAUCUGGUGCAAAGGUUAGCCCUUUCGAAAGUAAGUUGUAAAUUCUAAGUGCAUAGUACUUAAUUUCAGUUCAAUAUCUCUAUGCCUGCUGCAGCUAAACUCUUUCUUUCCUUUUGGAGCUAAUGAAUGCUUUCACCCUUGAAUACAUGAAUACUUGCGUCUGUACUGCUUCACAUGGUUCAAAGUCACUUAAUCUGCCUUAUUUCUCAAAGGAUAGAUGGCACUGAGCAAUGGAUUUGAUACUUUCGUCAGUUUACAAAUACAAAGCAUCAGAUGGAGAUUGGAUACAGAGCUAACUUUAUGGAAUAAAACCUUGGGUUUAGAUAAACCAACUUGAUUACUUUGCCAUACAGUUUUACUGGAGUUAAGGGUAGUAAAUGAGAUUGGGCAACUGUUCAGUAUCUGAUUCAUUUCUAUGUUGAAUGAUUGGGACUUCUAUUUAGUCAGUAAUUUCAUCGCUGAAUUUCACCGCUGACCCUGCUACUUGUCUCCAAAUGAGCAGGACAAAAGCUACAGGAAAGGGUUAAAUAGAAAUUGCAAUGUUUGUAACUUUGUAAGAUGCAGUAAAAUAAAGUGAAAAGUGGUUUUAAGAGACUGAAAUUCUGUGGUGUAAAAAAAAUUCAAUAUUUUUGAUAGAAUUCAUGCCAUGUCACACCAGUAACCAAGUAUUAUCCCAAUUAUUUCACAGGUUAGAAUACACCAUCCUGAAGGAUUCUCUGUUUUAUUUCAAAGGAAAUUUUAAAGUGACUGCAGAAUCUCAAAUUGUGAAAUGAUACUCCAAAUAACAAUUUCAGUUUUAUUGUACAUCUUCGGAGAAUGUGACAUUUACCAAAUGUGCCCAUAGAGUAAAGUUCAAUGUGAAACUCUAUCUGGUAGUUUUGUUUUAUGAAACAGAAUUUUUUUUCAACUAUUGU